UUUUCCACGUGUCAUCAAUAAUUCAGCCUCUUCCUACGCUUUCUCUAAUGCAUGGCGGCAAUCCAGCACCCCAGCUGUCAUCUCUCUGCGCUAAAAGGCGCUGUCAGGCGUUUUCAAUGACAUCAUAUCCAAGUGCAAGUUUCCAACAUGGCGUCCGGCCGGGUGCUGAAGAGGGAGGUCCAGGAGGAGCCGAGGCGCGCUGCGACCGCAAACACGGACUUCUGCUUCCACAAACACUCCCUGCUCAUCAUUAUCGGACGGACCGCUCACCUCAGCCAGAUUGGACACAUCAGCACGGAAAUUGAACGAGGUAUCCGGUCAUGGGACAUCGACUUGAAAUCCUGUAACCUGAACACCCAUCUGCAAGAAUUCCUGUCCCAUCACACGGCGUCGUUCAAGGGAAUCGGGCACAAGUGUCUGCGCCACAGCUCCAGAGUGUUGGAAACUCAGGUGCUGAUCAGUCCAUCUCAGGAACAGGCUCAUUCAGAGGUGUUGGCUCUCCUGUCCAGGGAAUCAGCUCAUAAGCUGCUGAUCUUGGCCGGUCAGAGUGUGGAAGACAGUGGUGACCUGCUGUUUCACAAAGGUCUAUUUUCACCACAGCAGCUGAAACAAAUACUAACAGAGCAGUUCAUAGAUCAGGAGAGCUCUGCCUUUUCCUCCACGUUAAGUCUCACCCUCAGCUGUCCCAACAUUGGCCAGUGGAGGAAGACUCUCUUGGGAAACCAGCGACCUUUCACAGUCCACAUAAAUCCCCCAGAGGUGCUGCCGGCCAUGGAGGCUCUGGGGGAGUUCACCUCCCUCAUCUCCGGUACCCUCUGCCCACCGUCCCCCUUCGACCUCCUGCCUCCCCCCACCACCGUCGGUUUCCUCAAGCUGUCGCGUCCCUGCUGCUACGUGUUCCCCGCCGGCCGCGGGGACUGUGCCUUCUUUGCGGUUAACGGCUUCACGAUCCUGGUGGACGGGGGCUCGGACCCUCAGGCCUGUUUCUGGAAGCUGGUGCGCCACCUGGACCGCGUCGACGCAGUGCUGCUGACGCACGUCGGGACGGAGAACUUGACCGGUGUCAACGCCUUCCUGGAGAGGAAGGUGGCAGAGCAGGAGCUGAGCUCUGAUGUCAAAGACGACUUGUCUAAGAGGCUGAUCUCUCCAGAGCUUGGAGUGGUGUUCUUUAAUGCACCCAACAGGUUGCAGGUGGAACAACAGCCUUGUGUGGAUAAUGUCUUGAAGAGCACUCACCAGGCAGCCUUAACACUAAAGUUAUUGAAGAAGUUAAACAUCGGGCCACAGCCAAUGUUUCGACCGCAAGGACUACCCAUUGAGCCCAUAACCCUUUUCCAGAAGAUGGGAGUGGGACAGUUGGAUUUAUACAUCCUCAACCCCUGCAAGAACAGCCAGGAGUACCAGAUCCUCAUGCAAAACUGGCCUGAUGCCUUUUCAUCAGCAUCCAAACCCCAAUCUCUCCCCCUCACGGCCUUGGCCUCGGUUUGUGCCUUGCUCGUGUGGCACCCGGCCUGCCCCCAGGAAAAGCUGGUCAGGGUGCUGUUCCCCGGUGUCACCCCACAGACGAAGCUACUGCACGGGCUGGAGAAGCUGAGGGGCCUGGCCUUCCUUGAGAAGCCCACCGUGACCACCGGCGACCUGGAGCGGCUGGGUGGCGAGAAAAGGACAGAAAGUCAGGAAAGUGGAAGGUCACAAGGGAAGGAAGCAACACUGAAGCAUGGGAAAGAAAGAGGGGUUCGAGAGGAGGGUAAGGAUGUGUUGAUGAAAGAAAAAGGGAAGACAUUAAAUGGAAUUGGUGGUAAAAAUGCAGAAAAAACUAAAAUCAAAGAGGUCAAAGUAAAACAAAAAGUUGCAGGAUCAGAGAAAAACAUUACAAAGAGAGGAGCUGGGAAGAAUGGGAAAAGAGACGAUAAAGAGGAGAACGGUAUGAUGAAGAAUGAGCAAGUAAAACAGGACGGUCUGUCCACAAAACCAAAGAACGACAACAAAAGCAAGUUCAAAAAGGAGACAAAGAAUGACUCCAAGCCAGGAGCGAAGAGAACAAAAAAAUCAGCGGAGAAACCAACAAAUAAUGGCAAAAAGACACAAAUGAAUGCUGAAAUGCCAAAUAACAACAAAGCUGCUGCUGCUGCUGCUGCUGAUGAUGGGUCAGAAAUCCCAAAGUCACCUGCAACAGAGCAGCACCAUCAAAGCCUGGAGAAGCAGCCCGACGAGGACCCCUGUGGCUCCAAAAUGUCCACCCCCGAGGACAUGACGGCCGACUUCCUCAGGCUGCGGGAGGAAACUGAGCACGAGGCGGCACGGGUGCAGGGAGCGGAUAAGGAGACGCGAGGAGGCAGCGAGUCGGGGAAUGAAGAGAGCCUUAAAGGUCGGAGCAAAGGCACAAGUAACGAAGCCGCCGAUCCGCUGGGGGCAGGAGCAGCAGGUGGCACUGCGAUAAUGAGGGGAGAGAGCGGUGAUGAAGUGCAGCACAAGGCCGGGCCUGGAGGCGGAGCCGGGUCCAUAGAAAGCAAACCGGCAAAGGUUGUGGGUUUUCCAUGUCCCUUGAACAAGGUGCCAAAGACCGAACGCGUGGUUGAGAUGGACUUAACCCCGACCGAGUACACGCUCCUGGACGGGGCGUUGAGAUUCAGCCCUUCCUCUCGAUCGCCUCCGGACAACCAGGCCCCCGUCACCCCCGAGGAGGAGACCGUAGAGCUGGCCUCCCCCGACUCACGGCCCAACAGCGCCGGCCACACCCCGUACUGCCUGUCCCCGGACGACGUGUGGGGCAACAGAGCCGCUCUGAGCAGGAUACAGGCCCAGAUGAGCAGCGCCGAGCCCGGCGACCCCAGAGAGUCGAACGGGUCGCCCAAGCAAAGCGAGAGGCAGCUGUAUCAGCCCAGGGGCGCUCCAGAAAGCCACCUCACCCCCAGAGAGAAGCACCUGACCUUCCUUUCACUGGGGACGUUUAAGGACGGAGCUUCAGACCCCUCUCCCUCGUUGGCCACCACCACCACCACGCACUCAAUGCCAGCAGAGGUGAGCUCGCCUCAGUCCACAGAAGUGGACGAAUCCCUGUCCAUGUCCUUUGAGCAGGGCCCGGCCAAUGUGAGCCAGAGAGAGGGGGAGGACGCCGCCCCCCAGUCCCACUCCAACGGAGGCCAUCAUGUGGGAAUGCCCUUACCAGCGAAGAAGCCUCCCAGGUCUUUGGGCCACGGCUCAGACAUGGGGAGGUGUCCCGCUCCUAACUCGCUCCAUCUGGAGGCGUCGCCUCACGACGUGGACCUCUGUCUGGUCUCUCCCUGCGAGUUCAAGCAUUUCAAAGCGCCCGACGCCAGCUCCGGCACCGCCUUCGCUACGCAUCAUCACGGCAACAACAACAAUAACCCCAGAGACUUGUCGCCGAGCGAAUCCAACGCCCCCGUGUGCACGGAGGACUGCCCGUCCACCACGGCGGACGGAGCCCUGGACUCCGACGACGAUGAGUCCUGCAGCGAGCCGACCAACUCGCCGCGCGACCUCCACCCCGGUCAGAACCUGCCCCCGGACCCUCUGCCGGCUCCUCUCAGGGACAGUCCACCGCUGCCCCCGCACCCAGACGCCUCCAUGCCUGUUCCUGUCCCACAGUCUGAUCCUGAUACUCGAGGGAAGAGAGCAAAGGCCAACAGCAUAAAAGUGAAGAAACCCACAGGGGUUGCUGAAAGUUCCCAAAAAUCAGGCACAGGGAAAAGCAGGUCAGGAAACCAAACAAAAGGGAACGUGUCCUCCCCGAGGACGCCUUCCUCCACCAGCCGGUCAGCACCAGCAAAGUCCUCGCCCAACGCAGGCCCCAAGUCUACCUCCGUCGGCGACGUCAGCGUCUACGUGGACCUGGCCUACGUCCCCUCGGGAGCGUCGUCUCCAACCGUCAGCACGGACUUCUUCAGGUGCGUCCACUCCUCGUGCUACAUCAUCAGCGGCGACAGUCCGGAGAGGGAGGAGCUCCUGAGGCACACGCUGGACUCUCUGCUGGACGCAAAGACGACCUGGUCUGACGCGAUGCAGGUCACGGUGAUCCCCACCUUCGAGUCCGCGUUGAUGCAGGAGUGGUACCAGCAGACCCUGGACAGGCAGAGAGAGUUGGGCAUCACCGUCCUGGGAUCCAACAGCACCGUCGCCAUGCAGGACGAAACCUUCCCUGCCUGCAAGAUCGAGUUCUGAGGCCCGAAGGGAGAUGUGUGUGUGUGUGGUAUAUGUGAAUAUGAGCUGAGGAGAGAGUCAGUGAAGCCCCAUUGAUUGGAUCAAAUAGACUUGUUUUGUGACAGGACAGGAUGUGUUGCUUCUGGGCCGGUUUAUCUGCAUAUUGCACCGGUCCUUUACAGAGGAGUCAAAGGUUUAUUUACUCAAACACCUCCAGACGUGACUAAACAUUAACGUUUAUUUGCCUCGCAUUCCUUUCGCUGACUAAAAAACUCCAACGUGAGCUGUGUUGUCGUGAGCACUGUGAGCAGACAUGAGGUGAGCUGUGCCGUGUUUGAAGUUCUGUGCCGCCGUGGCUUCGAUGCUGAGCAAUCAAACGCUGUUAGUGAGUCAAAGCGCAAAGACAUCAGCUCCAGCACUGGAGCGACUAAUUGAAUUUAACAUUGAAUCAAUCGUCCUAUAUCAGGUUAUUUAAAUGUAGCCCAUCACCGCGCUUCUGUUGACGUUGUCUUUGGACAGUGGAUGCACCACGUGAAUGUUAAAUACAGUUUCUUUAAUACCAAAGCAUGAAGUACAAAAGAAAUGACACCGCUUAGCAAUUUCCUCUUCAUCUGAAUGCUGCCUCCAAAAACAGAAAGACACAUUUUAUUGAUAUAAAUGCACUAAUGAACUUGUUCCUUUAACAAAAUGCACUUUGCUUUAAAUUUUGUGCAGUUCAGUUUCAGUUUAACAUCCGUCUCUGCUGUCCAACCUAACGAUUAGUAACUAGUGAAACACUGGAAGUGAUGGGUUGCUGGAUCCACACAGUAGCCAAGUGAACCGUAACUAUGUGUAUCUGUCCCGCAUGUAUCAAUUAUGCACUGUGCGUCAUUUCAUUCAUGAUAUUCAUGAAAACGGAGCGAGGCGGAGACAGAGAGACGCAGAGAGUCGGACUGACCGAUGUCAACAAUGUAUGAAUAAAGAAUGUGCAUCACCA